GAAGAGAGAAGAGAGAUGAGGUUGUUCGAUCCAUGGCCAGUGUUCUUCAAGAGGGAGUGGAAACGUACUUGGCCGUUUCUCACCGGAUUCGCCGUAACAGGCGUCCUCAUCACCAAGCUCACCGCUGGAUUCACUGAGGAAGACGCCAAGAACUCCAAGUUCGUUCAGCAACACAGGCGGUAA